AUGGCCGCGGCCAUCGCCAGCGGCUUGAUCCGCCAGAAGCGGCAGGCGCGGGAGCAGCACUGGGACCGGCCGUCCGCCAGCAGGAGGCGGAGCAGCCCCAGCAAGAGCCGCGGGCUCUGCAACGGCAACCUGGUGGAUAUCUUCUCCAAAGUGCGCAUCUUCGGCCUCAAGAAGCGCAGGUUGCGGCGCCAAGAUCCCCAGCUCAAGGGUAUAGUGACCAGGUUAUAUUGCAGGCAAGGCUACUACUUGCAAAUGCAUCCAGAUGGAGCUCUCGACGGAACCAAGGAUGACAGCACUAAUUCUACACUGUUCAACCUCAUACCAGUGGGACUGCGCGUUGUUGCCAUCCAGGGAGUGAAGACAGGAUUGUAUAUAGCCAUGAAUGGAGAAGGUUACCUCUACCCAUCAGAACUUUUUACCCCUGAAUGCAAGUUUAAAGAAUCUGUUUUUGAAAACUAUUAUGUAAUCUACUCAUCUAUGCUGUACAGACAACAGGAAUCUGGUAGAGCCUGGUUUUUGGGAUUGAAUAAGGAAGGGCAAGUCAUGAAAGGAAACAGAGUAAAGAAAACCAAACCAGCAGCUCAUUUUCUACCCAAGCCAUUGGAAGUUGCCAUGUACCGAGAACCAUCUUUGCACGACGUUGGAGAAACGGUCCCGAAGGCUGGGGUGACGCCAAGUAAAAGCACAAGUGCAUCGGCAAUAAUGAAUGGAGGCAAACCAGUCAACAAAAGUAAGACAACAUAGCCAGAUCCUCACAGGUGUUGUGACUUACUCGUCCUGAGCACAGUUGAGUGAUUUAUCCUUGCCAGACACUCCUGCUCCCGGGCUGAGGAGCGGCCAGAAGUAAGCCAACGCUUGCUCUUUGCUGUCUCGAACUUCUUGGUUGCAAGUGGAUAAAUCUUCAACCUGUUGCACCCCCAGAACAAGAAGACACCUGGACAACCAGCUCAACUCAGACCAUGGAAUGCCCGACCAGAUAUGGAAUGCCUUUUUAAUAUCUUUUCUGUGACUGUGACACUUCAUGUGAAUGACAUACUUCACAAGUACACUCGAUACCUUGCCUGCUGACAGCUACCCAUAAUCCUUUUUGAGUCCUGUUUCAGCGAAAUCCAUGUGUUUAAGUUCAAUUUUGUAGCACACAAAUACUAUUGAGUAAUUUCUAGUUAGACGCUGUAAACCUGUGCUAUUAUGGAUUUCUCUUUCCCCCCUUUUUACAGGGCUGCCCGCUCCACUGUCCGUGACCUUUUGCGGGGAUUGUAUUCCUCUAAAUCUUAAAUGUUGCAGUUGGCUUAGUCUGGAGAGCGAUCAGGGAAUCAGGAAGCCUUCUCAACCUAUUAGUACAAAUUGCAUCUAUAAAGAUUAAGAGUGUUGUCUCCGGCUCCCACUCUCGAUUAAACACACAUAUACGCUCUGUCCAGUAGCAGAUACUGUGCUCCUCUGGUCGGCUGGCCGGGGUGAGACAUGGGUCAAACACAGUCCAGGGGAAGUUCUCUAAAGAUGUGUGUUUGACAUCCCCCUAUAGUUUCUUCAUGUGUGUGUGUGUUUUAUACAUAUCACAAGCUUACUGGCUAAUGGUAACAUUUGCCUUGCCCAGCGAGCAAGACCCACUGGUUUUUGAGAAAGUGGGUCCAAAGAACUCUGUAGGCCUUGUAGGCCUGAUUAAGGUUCAUUUUUUCAUCUACUAACCCUCAUUAUUUGGAAAAAAAGAGAAAAGAAAAUUCAAUAAUUACAACCUACAAGAAUUGCGCUACCUAAAUCCAUUUCAGAUAUAAUCCUACCUGUUUUUAAUGAACCGAACUGAAUGCCAUCCCCAGUUUUGGCUGCGUUCCACUCAUACUCAGCAGAGCAUGGGCAAGGCGGCUGUUGUGUUCUUUUUCUGCAGCAGCAAUGCAAACGUUAGUUAUAAAUUAGACUUUAAUAUUUUUGGUGUUUAAUGACAAGUUUUUAAAACUGGACAUAUUAUUAGGAAAAAAUAUUUUUUUUAGCUCAGCAUGCUGAGUCAGGUACUGUGUAUUUCGCCACCCCAAACCUGUAACUCAGCUUCUUGGGACCCCCGUUGCCCAGUGGCUGGGGUAGAGGUGCCUUGCCAUGAUCUCAGAAUGCAGUCUGUUGAACUAUUCUGGAUAAAAUUCAAGGCAAACCAACACGUUCACACAUCAGGUUUUCGGUCCAUUCAGUUGAUUUGCUUUUGUUUUAUCUCGCUUUCUUAAUUUCCUUUUGUAUAACUCUGAGCUUAGGGAAGACAACUGCUAAGAAAGGCCAUGUAUCUAGUUGAGGGUACAGGGAAGAAACCAUGCAAAACGUUCGAUAUUGGAUAUAAAGAGUUUCAAAAUGUUUAAUAUGCAACUGUUUGGAAAUAUAUUUGUUAACUCUGUGUAUACUUAAUAAAAUUAAAUGUUUUCUCCUCAGAAGAGUUAACUGAGACCAAACUGAACCUCAUUUAUAGAAAACUCUAUGUGGUAUCAUGUACUGGCCUCUUGUUAUUAUUUCCACAUGGAAGGCUGACCCAGUCGCCAUCCCUCCCCGCCCCCACCCCCCCAUCUGCUCUGUAUUUUCUCGGAAAUUAUUUUGUCACCGCUUUCCUAAGUCUCCAUGACAGCCCUUGCCCGGCAUUUAAAAAUUUUGGCCUGCUUAGCUGAUUAAAGAUUUAGUAUAAAUUUAACUGUUUAUGCUUACUUCAU